AAAACGAGGUCGGGUCGGGCGAGCAAGGAGGUAACCCUAAGUAGAAAAUGUAGAUAGGUUGUGUGUUGUUUAAUUAUUUGUGGAAACGUAAUCGACACUUCGCAGUGUGGAGGAUCGUCGUCUUCAUCUCUCACCGAGUUCAAUCUAGGUUGGCUAUUUUUGUUUAAUGGCAAACAGACCGGAUCCUGACAUUGACGACGAUUUUAAUGAGCUCUAUAAGGAGUACACUGGCCCCCCAGGAUCUGCUACUACGAAUACGCAAGAGAGGGCAAAACCAAAUAAAAGGUCUAAUGCAGGUUCUGACGAGGAGGAAGAAGCCCGGGACCCUAAUGCUGUCCCAACUGAUUUCACCAGCCGAGAAGCUAAGGUUUGGGAGGCUAAGUCGAAGGCUACUGAAAGGAACUGGAAGAAAAGGAAGGAGGAGGAAAUGAUAUGCAAACUUUGUGGAGAAUCAGGGCAUUUCACUCAGGGUUGUCCAUCUACACUUGGAGCAAAUCGCAAGUCUCAAGAUUUCUUUGAAAGGAUACCUGCUAGAGACAAACAAGUACGGGCACUUUUCACGGAGAAAGUUAUAAACAAGAUUGAAAGGGAUAUUGGAUGCAAAAUUAAGAUGGAUGAGAAAUUUAUUAUAGUCAGUGGUAAGGACAGGUUAAUUUUGGCAAAAGGUGUUGAUGCUGUGCACAAGAUUCGAGAGGAUGGUGAUCAAAGGGGAUCUUCUAGUUCUCAAAUGACCCGUUCAAGAUCACCUGAGAGGAGUCCGGUUAAUUCUCGAUUUCAAAGGUCUGAGCCUCAAAAGUCUCAUUCUGGACCACGAAACACAUCUCAGUUUCAACAUAGGUUUGGUAGGCAAGAGAGGGCUGUUGAAGAGCGUGUCCGGGAGGACAUUCAAAAGUUUGCAAGAGGUUCUCCACAAGCUUAUGGAAAUAGUGGAGCUAGAGGUCGUUCAAGCCAGUCAAGAUCUCCAAGACAGGCCCCUUAUACAGGGAACUCAUAUAAUUCUUUUGAUGGCCGUAAUCAAAACAUGGGUACUUAUAGGAAUGAUGGGUGGGAUUCUCAUGGUAGAGAAUCUGGUAUCCAGCCUGGUCAUCAGUUUGAUUACAAUGCCAGCCCUAAGACUUUAGAAGAAUUAGAGUUGGAGCAUAAGAACGAGGCAAUGGAGCUAAUGAAAAUUCGUGACAGAGAAGAAGAUGAAGAAAAUUUCAAGCAUCGUGAGACUAUUAGAGAUUUGAGGGAGAAGCACGUGAGCAGAGUUGCUUUGGUGAGGGCUGCACAUGCAAAACAGUGGGAAGAAUUUCUCCAGCUUGAUGGGCAGAGGCGUCAACAGCAGGCAAUCCAACAAAUGUCAUCUGGUUAUCGAGGUUUUAAACAGCAGAGUUUUCCUGAAUAUGAUGGGUCCAAUGUUAAUCCCCCAUAUGGUGGGACUAAUUUACCCUUGGAAUCGAGGAACAGGUUCUCAGACAACAUGGAAACUUAUCCUACUAGGCCUCAUGAUAAUUUUGGUGAAUUUCGCAGGCAUGGAGAUUUUGCAAAAGCUUACAACAGAUAUUAAAAUUCUAUGUCAAUCAAGGGGUGAGUUAUUCUACUUAGCCUGUCAAACCUACUCAAAAAAGGAGUUUAAUAUUUAGUUUAGAUCUUUCCUCUCCUCAACUGUACAGUUGGUGAACUUGUCUCAUUUUGGUAAACAUCACUCAUCAGCUAUGGAUCUUGGCCCAGCAUUUGAUUGCCAUUCUUUCUAAAUUCAUUUAGUAGUAUAUAUUGUUCAUGUUGUCUCAUAGAAGGGUCUAAUAUUGUAAGGUUCAUAGAUCUGUAGAUUUUAGUUGACCAAGGAUGUCAUUGCAGUUUGUUGCGCUGGAUUUUGCAGAUUGUGUUUUGUUUCAGCCAUUAGCUUUAAUUUUGCUCGAAAAAAUUUUCAGGGUCCAGAUUGAUCGAGUAGGCAGUUUAACGCCCCGGGAGCCCAUAAGUUAGGUAAGUAUGAUGGUUAAUCCUAGGUUUGCGAAAGACAUGCAUUUCAAUUGACUGAUCUGGUCCCCUUUUGAAAUAUAGUUGCUCUGCCUUGUUAAGAACUUUGCUGUAAAUUGCGAUGCAUUAUUGGGUUAUUAUCUUAACU